ACAAAUCAAUACCACCACAAAAUGGCGACCGAUCAAAUAUUCAAAAUAUCUGUUGAAACGGGUUCAGAGGAGAUUUUAAACACUUCUUGUACUCCAUGCUCGGAGUCCGGAAGGACAAAAGAAGCGGAUAAAUUCUGUGUCGAAUGUGGAUCGCAUUUUUGUGCUCAGUGUCUGCUAGAACAUAACAAAUUUCCGGCGUUAAGAUCUCACCAGGUUUUAGAUAAGACCGAACAAAGCGGACGGAGUACAGACAAAACAACUGGAAUAACCAUGCCGACGGAGAGAUGUUCAGUCCACAUGGAAAGUUGAUUGAUAUGUUUUGUAAAGAUCACGACAAAGUGUGUUGCUCUGCUUGGGUCGCAAUUAAACACAGAAUGUAGCUCUGAAACGACAACUUGACAGAGCACAGGACCUAAUAAGAUUACACGAAAAUGCAGAGAGAAUGUAUAACAAAAUGGCGGAAGAUGUUGCGCCAUUAAAGGAAAAGGUAGAUAAUCUUCUCCAAAUGAUUCACAGUCUUCAUGUGAAGGUGGAUGAAGUGGUAGAUGUUAUGGAGAGAUCAUACAGCAGACAAAUCAGCAGUAGUAGUGGCAAUAUCUUGAAAAGAGCUGUGACAAAGGAGUCAUAUGUGCAAUUAGAUGAACGAACUGUCAAGUUAAUAAGGAAAUAGACGAUACUGCACAAGAUGUUAAGUUAGUAAUAAUUCAGUCGGACUGGUGGUCUCCUUUCGCGCUGAGGAUAUCUACUUGUUGUUGUUGUUCAAACAGAACAUUGUAGAUAUUUUCUACUUUCUGAAUUAAGUAAUGAUGGAGGACUUGGAUUACUUGAUGUAUACCAUUUUCAACUUUUUGGAUUAAGAAAUGAUGGAGGACUUGAAUUACUUGAUGUAUACUGUUUUCUAAUGCACGGAUGAUUAUAAUGAAGAUGAUAUAAAUGAUCAGUUGAUAGUCUAAAAGAAAAAAACAAUUAUCUUUUAGUAAUGGAACAAUAACUGAAAACAAAAUUUAACAGUCUAAGAUAAAACAGAAACUGGUUAUGAGUUGUAAAGCACAUGUAUGCCUUAGAAGUUAGUCAUAUUUGCUUGUCGGCUUUCCAACGCAUCUAGCAACUGGUCUGGUGGGUGCCAAGUAUAAAAUUUCUUCUGAGCUGUUCUCUGACACUGAAAGUCUAUCCAGUCUAGAACUGACAGAUGCCUUCAUUUCUAUAUCUAAUGAUCUUGUUUUUCUUUUUCUACACUUUCUAGUCUGAAAAUAAAAUGCAAGAAUUUGUCUAUGUUUUAAAGAACAAAGGCUCUAUUUCAAAAGUAAGUAGGGUCUAGUUUCAUUCUGUUUUAGGGCCUAGUUUCAUUCUGUUUUUUUAUCUGCUAAGGUUUAGAUGAACAUACAAGAAUAUAUUGGCUUUAUGGUUUUUUUACAGUGUAAUGUAAAGAAUACCUGAUUUACCAUCUAAUAAAGAGAAUACAGUCAAACCUGUGUUAAAGACCACCUCUGAACAAAGACAACCUGGCUCUAAAGACCACAUGUUUUGUUUCCCAUUUCAACAUUUACAAUGUAUUUUAACCUGUGAAUACAGACCACCUCCCAAUAAAGACCACAUUUUGGUUCUCCCAAGGGUGGUCUUUAUAGACAGGUUUGACUGUAUCUGUUUUAUGGUAAACCUUACACUGACAUGGUUGGACAGUGAAAACCGCUUCUUACAAUCUGUGAGUAAUACAAAUCACACUAUUUUACUUUCCAAUCAGUAUGGACCACUGAAUAGGUCUAAUGCAUGUUACUUUUAGUUUUAAAUAAGCAUUUUCUUGAUAAUAAAACAGUAUCAGUACACCUUUAAUGAAAAUUUUCAACUGAGCACUAUUUACCAGUAUAUGGCAGCAAUAACCAGUAUUGACCACCAGCUCAAUCAAUAUUCAACUGAACAGCCAAUAUGUCAACACUAUACUAUAAAAUCAACCCUUAUAUCUAGGAGUAAUACAGGAGGCACUAUCAGUACACCUUUAAUGAAAAUUUUCAACUGAGCACUAUUUACCAGUAUUGGCCACCAGCUCAACCAAUAUUCAACUGAACAACCAACAUAUCAACACUGUACUUAAAAGAGCAGCUGUCAUUAAAAUCAUGAUAUUCAUAUUUGCAUUUCAUCCUUUCAAGUUAGUGUAUUAGAAGCCUGUAGAGGUGUACUUCUUUGAAGACUUUUCUGUUGAACCUUCUCCUUAGUUGUCUCGGUUCUGGUCUGGCUAACUGUCUCCAUAGCUGUCUGUUGAACUGCCUCCUUAGUCGUCUCCAUAGCUGUCUGUUGAACUGCCUCCUUAGUCGUCUCCAUAGCUGUCUGUUGAACUGCCUCCUUAGUCGUCGUCUCCGUUCGAUACUGUUUAAAAAAUAUUCCUGAACAUUAACAUAUUCUGUACAUGAAUGUUAAUUAACUGAUUCUGUACAUGAAUUUUAAUUAACUGAUGGUGAUUUUUAAAAUCAGUAUAGCUAACAGCUAUGGACAAUUUUUUUUCUUUUACAAAUGCACUCAUCUUUGAUCAUUGAAAGCCCGCAACAAGAAUAAUAACAGAAUGCAUGUUACUAAAUGCAGAACAUUCACCAAGAAUAUGUAUUAAUGAGAAGAGAGUAUACAACUAAUAGGUUCUAUGAUCUCAUUUUUCAAAAAAAAUCUGUGAAUGAUAGCAAAUUUGUACAAGCUGUUGUUACAGCAUACUUAUAUGCUUUUUCAAUCAAAUAAAAUCUGGAAAGAGGAUCUUUCGUAAGACCCAAGACCGUACCAAAGAUAAAAAUCCAAAAUACUCACACAUACUUAUAAAACAUGUUUGAAAUCUAACCUGGCAAUGUACUGUUUUAUCUGGUGUGGAAAUUGUCAACUCCUUGACAAAGUUAACGGCAUCACACUCAAUUAUGCCAUAAUCUACUUCAAGGAGGCUCACUUCUGGUAAGUUUUUAAAUCCAGUACCACUCCCUCGCUAGACCCAGUCCAUGCAAUCCUUCGGAUGUUUGUAUUCAAGAACUCGUAUCCAUAUUUCUCUCUACCCUGCCCCGGGCAUUGCAAUAACUGAUUCUCCUCCUUACAGAUGUGGUUCAGAAAAACUUCUGCUAGACUUAGGGGCAGACUUAGUGACAGACUUAGUAGUAAAACCUUCACGAAUGCCAUUUUCUGCUUUUUCUGCACUUCUAAUUUUUUUACGCAACGUAGGUGAAGGUUGCUUUGGACUGGUUUAGUGAUGAAAUGACUUUAAUACCCGGACAGAUUUUAAAGAGCUAAAAGAAGCCGUAGGCUACACUGUAGUAAAUUUAGGAAGUCAGUAUCAUCGAGUCUAUGCACCAUUGUUCGUUAUCGUAUAUAACAUAGAAAAUGUGUCUUAAACAGAUGCUUGAAAUGCUUCCAACUGUCUUCACACAAAGUAAUAGGCUUCAGUUUUGUCAGCGCAUAUUGCAGCUUCACUAAGAUCGUCAAAUCUUCCAGUUCUCAAAAGUUGAUGAAUAUGAUCGUUGUCAUAAUUUCUCUUCCAUGGAAUCGUUGAAACCAAAAAUUCCAGUUCCUUUUAGCUUUUCUAGCAUCAUCCUGACUUAAUGAUGAAGAUGGGAACACCCCAGGUAAUGGCAUUAUAUUUUUGAUGUACAUGUAUCUGAUUCCAGGAAUAAACUGAAAGGUUGCGCUUGCGCUGUUUCCUUUUGGUCGAAUUUUGAAAUUAUGCGUCGACAAAAAGGACACUUAUCAAUACAACCAAAGCAGUCUUUACAGACUAAAUUUUUGCAGACACAUUGAUUAAUGAAAUAAAAAAGUUUAUCUAUCCAACACAAACCACAUUCCUCCAACCAGAUUUCUUGAAACAUAGUUGUUUUUGUUUUUAAGUAAGUACAAUUUGCAAACAUUAAUAUUUUACUGUAUAUCAGGGAUAACUAGGAUUAAUAACCGAAACUAAGAUACAUAAAUAUAUCUUAUGUAUAAAAGUAGAAUCGUAGUUUCCCACGAUAAGUUGUCUUCAGAUAUUUCAUUUUUUCAUUUCAAUAGAACUGCGUGAAUUUAAUCAAAUCAAUAACAGUACGUUAUUAAAUGAGGGCUUAAGUUAAAGCACAUUCUUGCCUUGAAAAGAAAUUCAAUUUGCAUUUAUAUUAAAAACUGUGUGAAGUUAAUAGUAUCAUCAAUGAUAUUGAUAAAAAAUGUUAUGUCUUGAAAGAAAGUCAAUUUGCAUUUAUAUUAAACACCUGUGUGAUAUUUUUUAAAAAUCUCGUUUAAUAUUCAGAUUAAGUGCCAACUAUUUAUUUUCAUCAAAAUAUCUUUUGUCGACAUUUAUUAAAAUAUAAAUAGUUGUGCGAGGUAUGUACUUUUCCUUUUGUAUAAGAAAGGGUGGUUCCAACGCUAAGACGCCCUUCAUUUACAUUUAAAUUAAAGUUUCAUAGCUAUCUCAUUUUUCAGAUUAGAUCUGACAAAAUUAAAUUUAAAAACUAGAAUGUGUCUGUAGGACACAGGGUGUGCCCCCCACUGGUACAUUUGUCACAAAUAAGGGGAAAUAAUUCAAAUGUUUGCAGUCUUAAUGGGGUAUAGCCUAAACAAACAUUUUAUGAAAAGGAUUCAUUAUUCUAGGCCAUAUACUUUUUGAGCUAUGAGCAUCACAAACAAAAAAUCCACUAUUUUGGCUAUUUCAAGGGCCAUAACUCUGUAAUAAGCGCUAAGAUUCUCAAGAAGAAUGCCAAGUGUGCAAGGUAACAUUAUGAUAAAGAGUCUAGCAAGGUUUCAUGAAUUUACAUCAAAUACUUUUUCAGCUAGGCACAUAAUUAGGUGAAAAUGUACAUUUUUUGACUAUUUCAGGGGCCAUAACUUUA